CCCUUGGAACACCUAACAGUCUUACGCAGAGUUAACUUUUGUAUCAAAAAAAAUUCUGUCGUCGCCCUUGUUUUGCCGUAUUCUCCUUUCUCCAGAUUCUUCCCCUUAAAACAGUUAAACCCUACAGCUCUUCUUACCCGCCAAUUCCUUCUCUUUGAAUGUAACUCUCCUUUUCUUCUUCGAUUGGGUUUCGCUGAUUUUAGAUUCUGCUCAAAACUUUUGGAUCGUAAAAAUCCGAUUGGAGUCUGCGUUUUUGGUUUUUGGUCAUUGAAAAUGGCAAACGACGAGCGGGUGAAGCCUGAGAACGAUGAUUUAUCAUUUAGGCAGGAUCAUUUCACGGGAACUCAACACAACUAUGAGCCGUUUCCUAGUCAUGACUACAGUUCCGCAUUUGAACAGCUACUCGAUAUCAACCUCCAGAUCGGUGGUUCCUAUGAGGACACUGCGUCCUGGGACCAUUUCCAGGAGCACAAAGCCAUGGCUCUUCAAGACUCGACGAUUCAUCACAACGAUCAUGAAACCAACCAAAAUGAUAGCUUUCUCUCUUUUCCCGACAAUGAAGACUCCGGAACUUCCGAGAUUGAUAAACCAACUGUAGUUGAAGCCACGGAAGCGAGCCCGAAGCAAGAGUCUCAAGAGAUCGAGGAUGAAACAGAGUUGGGGAUGAGGAGUCAUGGCAUUGACUUUUCUCGGAAACCAGACACGGCUCCUCCUACACAACAAUGCUGGUCUAUGCCUAGUGCAGGUGGUCCUGAGCAUGAAAUGGCCGUUGGUAUGGAGUUUUCUGAUGUCAAGGCCUGUAGGAGAGCAUUGAGAGAUGCAGCCAUUUCUCUACGUUUCGAGAUGCACACGAUUAAAUCUGAUAAGACUCGCUUCACUGCAAAGUGCAUGGGCGAAGGUUGUCCAUGGAGGAUUCACUGCGCCAAGGUUCCCAAUGCGCCGACUUUUACUGUGAGGACUAUCCACGGGAGUCACACUUGUGGUGGGAUUUCACAUCUUGGUCAUCACCAAGCCUCAGCUCAGUGGGUUGCCGAUGUUGUGGCAGGGAAGCUGAAAGAGAAUCCGCAUUUCAAACCGAAGCAGAUACUAGAAGAGAUCCACCGAGUUCAUGGGAUUGCUCUGUCUUACAAGCAAGCAUGGAGAGGGAAAGAGCGUAUUAUGGCUUCUCUCCGUGGGUCAUUCGAAGAAGAAUAUCGCCUUCUUCCUCAGUAUUGUGAUGAAAUCACAAGGACAAAUCCCGGGAGCAUCGCUGUGGUUCAUGCAAAUCCGACCGACGACAGUUUCCAACAGUUGUUUGUUUCUUUCCAAGCAUCAGUCUCUGGUUUUGUAAAUGCUUGUCGGCCUCUUAUUGCACUGGACAAGACUUUAUUGAAGAGCAAAUAUCCGGGGACGUUGCUGCUCGCCACUGGAUUUGAUGGAGAUGGAGGCGUUUUACCUUUGGCGUUCGCUAUUGUUAAUGAAGAAAGUGAGAGCAACUGGCAUCUGUUUCUCUCGGAGCUUCGUAAGAUUCUUGAAAUUAACUCUGAGAAUAUGCCAAAGCUUACCAUAUUAUCCACCAGGGAGAAAUCCAUCGUUGAUGGGGUAGAGUCUAAUUUCCCAACGGCGUUUCAUGGCCUUUGUGUCCAUUAUCUCACUGAACGUUUCCAAAGAGAGUUCAACAACUCAACUCUUGUGAGCCUUCUGUGGGAAGCUGCUCAUUCUCUCACCGUCCUCGAGUUCACAUCACAAAUCAACAAGAUCGAACAGAUCUCUCUAGAGGCUGUUUUAUGGAUCCGGAACUGCUCUCCUGCUCUGUGGGCAUCGUCGUACUUUGAAGGAGCAAGGUACGGACAGUUAACCGCGAAUGUUGUUACCGAGUCACUCAACAGCUGGAUAGAAGAUGCAUCAGGUCUUCCUAUAAUCCAAAUGAUGGAAUGUUUCCACCGCCGUUUGAUGAAUUUGUUCAAAGAACGCCGUGAAACGAGCUUGCAGUGGUCUGGUGAGCUCGUUCCUUCUGCUGAGAGGCACAUGCUUGCAGCUAUGGAGCAAUCUCGUGUUCACCGAGUUUACAGAGCAAACGAAGCCGAGUUUGAAGUCAUGACUCAUGAAGCUAAUGUCGUGGUGGAUAUCGAAAACCGUUCUUGUUUGUGUCGCCAGUGGCAGAUUUACGGUUUGCCGUGUAGCCACGCCGUCGGGGCUCUCUUGUAUUGCAAAGAGGACGUCUACAAGUACACAGAGAGUUGCUUCACGGUGGAGAGUUACAGGAGAACAUACGCAGAGGCUGUGGAGCCAGUUUCAGACAAAGUUGAGUGGAAAGAAAAGGUUUCAGAGAGAGAUGAUGGUAAAGAUGGAAUAAGGACACCAAGGGUUAUAAGAGUUGCUCGGAGGAGGAGAAUUAGGGCAGAGGAUCGUGAUCGUGUGAAGCGUGUGGUUCACUGUAGCCGGUGUAAUGAAACGGGACAUUUCAGAACAACUUGCAUUGCUCCUAUGUAAUAAUAUUCAGUCUAGGUUUUAGGAAAAUAUUUUGGUAGAGGAUUUGCUCUCAGCAAGUUGGAAAGAAUUUAGAAGUUAUGGUAUUAGAAAAUGACAUUUUGAGUGAACAACUUCAGUGAAUUUGCAUACAGAUCUGAGAGAGAGGAUCUGCCUAUGAUUAGGCUUAGUUUCGUAAGGUCAAUAUAUCUCCGGAGUAAUCGGUCUCAGCUAUCUUUAGUUAGCGUGCGACUGAAUUGGAUGGUGGUGAGGAAGCCAAUUUCUCAAAUUUCGCCACAGAAAACGGAUCAAAACACAAAAGAGACUCAAGAAACAACAGCAACAAUGGCGACGACGACCCGUCUUGUGAGUUUCAUCAAACCACACACCAAUUACUGAUCCCUCCCUGAGAUCAAAUUCAAAUCCAUCGUCAUGCAAAGAGAAUGUUACGGCAGCAAACCGACGACGUUCACGCAGAUAUUGGUGGUGUCAUCCAUCGGCUUGAUGAUCGCAGCCGCAGUGCAUUACCGUCUCCGGAGGCUGCGUGACUCCAAAAUCAUCCCUCGUCUCCGAUCAUCUCACAAACACAAAGGCCAUGGGAAGCUCGAGAGGUUCUCUCACUACGUGGCGAGGCAAAUGGGGUUCAAGGACAGAAGAGACUGUCCAAACCUCUGCAAGUUAGCAGCGGAGUACAUCAGGAAAUCAGAAUGUUGUGAAGAAGACAUUUACAGCUUCUUCUCUCAAGAGCCCGACGCUGAUUCCCUCUUCAUUAAGCUCGUUGAGGAGUUUGAAAGAUGCAUUCUCAGCUACUUUGCUUAUCACUGGAGCCACGCCGAUCUCAUGAUUACUCAGAUACUGAGUGCGGACGCUGAGCCCAAGAGGAGGCUGAAGCAGAUCGUGAUGGCAGCUACAAGGGAACAGAGGAUUAAGAGGGUGACUAAGAACUUAAAAGUGGCGAGAGUGUUCAAUACUUUGGUAGAGGAAAUGAGAGCAAUGGGGAUCGCGUCUGUGGAUGACUCACAGUGUACUGAAGUUAUGGCACCAGUGGCUCACAAGGACCGGAGUCCGGUUCUACUCCUCAUGGGCGGUGGGAUGGGUGCAGGGAAAAGCACUGUGCUUAAGGACAUUCUCAAAGAAGCUCUUUGGGCAGGAGCAGACGCUGUGGUGAUUGAAGCUGAUGCUUUCAAAGAAACUGAUGUCAUUUACAGAGCCUUAAGCUCUCGUGGCCAUGUCGAUAUGAUCCAAACAGCUGAAUUGGUUCACCAGUCAUCAACAGAUGCAGCUUCAUCGCUGCUAGUGACGGCUCUGAACGAAGGGAGGGAUGUGAUAAUGGACGGGACGCUCUCUUGGGUGCCAUUUGUGGUGCAGACAAUAACAAUGGCGAGGAACGUGCACCGUCACCACUACAGGAUGGGAGCUGGAUACAAGGUUGGUGACGAUGGAAUCAUCACAGAGAACUACUGGGAACGGAUCGGUGAGAGGCAGCAGCUGCAGGAGGAUGGGCGUAGGAGAAAACCGUAUAGAAUAGAACUAGUUGGAGUCGUGUGCGAUGCGUAUUUAGCAGUUAUAAGAGGCAUUAGGAGAGCUAUCAUGUGCAGAAGAGCGGUUAGGGUGAGAUCGCAGCUGAGAUCCCACAAAAGGUUUGCAGCCGCGUUUCCUACGUAUUGCAACCUUGUUGAUAGUGCUAGGCUCUACUGCACCAACGCUCUCGAAGGCUCACCAAAGAUGAUAGGUUGGAAAGAGAAAGAGAAGACGUUGCUAGUGGAUCCAGAGGAGUUCGACUGUUUGAAGCGAGUAGGAGGGUUGAACGAGAACGCAGACUCCAUUUACGAGCUUUAUAACCAGCCAAAUCCUGCUUGUGAAGCUGGAUCAAUCUGGAAAGACAUUGUUCUUUCACCUUCAAGGUUUAACAUUCAACAGGAGCUCAAAUACUCCAUUCAGAAUGUUGAAAGAUCUAAACAACAACUCACCAACACCAAAAGCUGAAACAGGGAACAACAGAAACUUGAUAGGAUACAUCGAAUGUAAAAGUUGCUUAGGAGGGACAUUUGUUGAUUGUGUAACUUCCAUUGUUCAUUAUGAAAGGCACAAAUUAGCUGCAAGAAACCAGACUUUUCUUCUUGAACCAUUGAUGAAAUAUGAAUAACCUUAAGAAAAGAGAUUUAGCUAUAUAUGAUUUAAAAGGGUAGUCCAAGCAACCAUGAAUUACAAGAACUUUGAGGAAACGAAACAAAAGAGAAAAGGCAAACAAAGUCACUGCAGGAUCAUUGAAUUAUACAAAGACUACCACCUACAGAGAAAGCUACUACCAUGUAAGAUCAACACUAAACCCUAGCUUCACUUCUUCCCCCUUGACGAAACCCUCUUCGCUGGAGACUUGACCGUCUUAGGCUUCACAAUCUUCUUCACCGGGGCCUUCUUUUUAGUCGCCAGCGCAGCUUUCUUCACCGGGGCCUUCUUCCCUGGAGAUGUUACCUUAGAUGUUUUGGCUGCCUUGGCUGGUCUCUCCUUGGCCUUGGGCUUCGCAGCGACAGCUUUCUUCUUGGGGGCAACAGCGGCCUUGGGCUUCGCACUCACUUUCGGCUUCCGAGCAGCGGCUGUCUUGGGUUUAGCCGCCGACGAUUUCUUAGACACCUUGGCUACCUUAGAUUUGGAAGCCGCAGUAACCUUCCCCUUCGACUUGGAAACCGCCGCUGCAGUAGGCUUCUUCUUCGCCGGAGCAGCUGUCGCCGCCGCCUUCGGAGAUGAAGGCUUGGCAGACGGAAUCUUAAAGGAUGCUUUGACCUUGACAAGCUUUCCGGAAGCAACGAGCCUCUUCAGAUUGAGAAGCAACAGCUUUCUGAAUGAAGGCGUAAGCUCCUUGUGCUUCUCCUCGAUGAACUUCUGAAUCGCGUAUUGGCUAGAUCCAGUCCUCUCCUUCAACGUGACGAUAGCAUCCUUAAUCAUCUCUUCGUAAGUUGGAUGAGUAGAGACGGUUCUCUUCUUCGGAGCCGCAGCAGGAGCCUUCUUCUCCUUCACUUCCUUAACUUUCUUCGCUUUCCGACCCUUGGCUGCAGGCUUCUUCUCGCUGGCCGGCUCCGUCACCGAUGUGUUGAUUUCGUCGACAGUGGGGGCAUUCUCGUGCUCAAUCUCUGGCGUCGUCAUCGGAAUUGAUUUUUAGAUCUGAAUAUGAUCGCUGGAAACCGUAAAUGAAAUGUUGAGAAGAGGAAGUUAUGUGAAUGAUAAUGAGAUCAUCGGAAACGUCCGAUUUAUAUAGUUAGAUGUGUAUCAGACGGCAAUUCAUAUCUGUCU